UCAUCUACCAAUUCUUCACUCCUACCAAGGAAAUCGUUGUUGAAGGCAUUCAUUGGCAUUUCAUAUCCAUCUCACUCUGGAACACUGCAUGGCUCAUUCUUUGGACCUAUGAUUUCCUUAUUCUUUCAUGGGUUGCCAUUCUCAUUACCAUUCUCCAAGUUAGUUUCAUUUACAUGAUUCUCAAACUUAAAUAUCCACCUCAUAACAUUGGUGAUGAACUUUGGAUUCAAUUACCAUUUUAUCUUUAUCAUGCUUGGAUUGCUGUUGUCUUUCUCUUGAGUACUUUUGCCGCUUUUGCUCCUGAAAAAUUACCAGACCAAGAACCAAGUCUUUCCAUUAAAAUUUUGGUUUUUUCAGUAUUAUUCGUCCUUGGAAUGCUUGCCAUUGUUUAUGCUGAACAAUUCAAUUUUUUUGGUCCUAUUGUUAUUGCUUGGUCAUUAUUUGGUAUUGCUGCCGGUCAAGAAGAUGUAUUUAUUCAUUGGUCUGCUAUUGUCAUUGGCACUAUUUCAGCACUGUACAUCCUUAAACCUCUUGUCUUUAAAUACUUCAUACGUCGAUCAGAUGAUAUUGAUCAUGCUCCUUUGUUGGGAUAG